AUGGAUGAAAAUGUUAAAUACUUGUAUCCAAAUGAUGAAGAAGAAAUUGAAAGAUUAGAAAAUCAAUAUUAUUUACUUAAAGAAAAAUGGAAUGCGACAUUCUUGUCACCUGUAGCACCUAAGUUGCUUGCUGGUGGCAAAGUAUUGGAUAUUGGAUGCGGGACAGGAACCUGGAUCCUAGAUUUAGCAACGGAAUAUAAAUCAACCACAUUUAUUGGACUUGAUAUAUCACAAAUAUUUCCACAAACUGUCAAACCAAGAAAUGUGUCAUUUAUAAAAUAUAAUGUAUUGGACGGGUUGCCAUUUCCUGAUGACUGUUUUGAUUUUGUAAAUCAAUCAUUUUUAGCAUCUGCAUUCACUGUUUCCCAAUGGCCCACCAUACUAAAUGAAAUAAUCAGGGUUACUAAACCUGGUGGUUGGAUAGAAUUUUUGGAAGGUGAUAGCAUUGUUUAUAAUAAAGGACCUGUUAUACAAAGACUAGAUGCUAGCAUGACAAAUUUUCUAAUUUCACAAGGAUUAUCACCAAACGUUAAUAAAAUAUUACCAGAAUUAUUAAAUUCUUCUGAUAAAAUAAUAGAUGUAAGAUAUGAUGAAAAAACUUUACCGCUUGGUAUCUGGGGUGGGAGAUUAGGAUCUGUGACACUUGAGGUGUUUAUGAUAGAAUUGAGAGCAAUUAGGAACAGAAUACAGAGUGAAAUGGGGAUUAGUAAUGAACAUUAUGAUGCAUUAAUGGAGGCAUUUGUUGUGGAAGAAAUUAAUUUUUUGAGGAUUACAUUAUUAUCAAUGAGAUGA